AUGACUGGUGGCGGACAAGUUGCCGCCUAUUCAGCAAUCGCUCUCUCGACAUUCUCUGUUGUUGUCCUUUUAUUCUCUCUUCCACAACUCAUCUCACGAAUCUCCCAUAUUCAAGCGGUUGUCGACGAUGAAAUGAACGAUUUCAAAAAGGCUGAGUAUGGAAUUGGAAUCCAACUCAAACGCAUCAACCCAAUCAUCCGUCGUGCUCGUCGUGACAGCGAAGUUGGGCAAUGCAAUUGCCGAGCCCACAGCGGUUGCCCUGUCGGAGUGCCUGGACCACCAGGAGUCCCUGGAAGAAAUGGAGAUGAUGGAUAUCCCGGCUUAGACGGAGCUCCCGGUCUCGCCGGUCAUCAUCAUCCUGAAGUGACUCUCGAUCGAGAUCAACAAUGUCGUGUCUGUCCCCGAGGAUCUCAAGGACCACCUGGACCUCCUGGAUAUCCUGGAAAUGCUGGAGAAAAUGGAAUCGAGGGAAUUCCUGGGAAUUCUGGAGAGAGAGGAGCUCCCGGUCAACCUGGAGAGCCUGGACAUCCGGGAGAGAAUGGAAGGGAUGGACAACCUGGCCCACAAGGACCACCUGGACAAAAUGGGACAAAAGGUGGAAGCAGUAGAGGAGCUCCAGGACCUCGUGGAGAGAAUGGACUUCCUGGAGGACAAGGAGCUCCCGGGCAGCCAGGAAAGAGUGGAGAGCCAGGAAGACAGGGGGCACCUGGACAUCCGGGAGAGCAAGGAUCACCGGGUCAACCCGGAAUCCCGGCAGGAGAUGGACAGCCAGGAGGACCUGGAGAGGAUGCCGGAUAUUGUCCUUGCCCAAGGAGACGAAGAGCU